AUGUCGACUCUGAUCGUUGCACUGCUGAUCCUCCUAGCUUCAGCAAUCCUCUACGUAAAACACAAAUUUACCUACUGGUCCCGCCGGAAUGUCCCCUUUCCGGAGCCUAACUUCCCGUACGGAAAUUUCAAGGAGCUCUGGAAGUCAUCGGCCGCCACAUUCUCCUCCAAAAUUUACGCCCAAAUGGCGCACUCCGGACGCUUCUUCGGGCUGUACUUCUUCCUGGAGCCGAUCCUGGUCGUGACCGAUCUGGACCUGAUCAAAGCGAUCAUGAUCAAGGACUUUGCGCACUUUCCGGACCGUGGCCAGUACUGUAACGCGCGGGAUGACCCCGUCAGCGCGCACCUGUUCAACAUCGAAGGACAGGCGUGGAGAUCGUUGCGCGCCAAGUUGACCCCGACGUUCACCUCGGGCAAGCUGAAGUCGAUGUUCCCGACGCUUAAAGCUGUGGGGGAUAACUUGGCGCGGUGUUUGGAGGUGGUCGUUGGUGAGGGUAGCGAUGUUGAGCUGAAGGAUUGUAUGGCGCGGUUUACGACCGAUGUGAUCGGGAGCUGCGCCUUUGGGAUUGAGUGCAACAGCUUGGAAGAUCCCGGCAGUCGCUUCCGGAGCUUUGGACAGCAGAUCUUCGAUCGGCCGAGACAUUCAACGGCGUUUAGGUUGAUGCUGAAGACGUUUCCUGGAGUGGGACGAUUUUUGAGGGUUAAGCUGCUGCGCACAGAGGCGACCUCAUUCUUCUACAAAACGGUUCAGGACACGGUUGGGUACAGGAAGGCGAACAGCGUUGAGAGGAAUGACUUCUUGAACUUGCUGCUUGAGCUGGAGAAGAAGGGAGUGGAUCUCUCGAUGAACGAGAUCGCGGCGCAGUCCUUUCUGUUUUUCGCUACCGGAUUCGAGACUUCGUCUUCCACGCAGACCUUCUGCUUGUACGAGCUUACGUUGCGUCCGGAAAUUCAGGACAAGGCUCGGAAGUGUGUGGUGGAGGCGCUCGAGAAGCACGGCGGAUUGACUUACGAAGCCGUUUGCGAUAUGGUUUAUUUGGAUCAGUGUAUAAAUGAAACCCUGCGAAAGUACCCGACGCUACCGAUUCUAGAACGACAGACCUUCAAGGACUACCAAAUCCCAGACUCGGACGUGAUCAUCCAGAAAGGAGUACGCAUCCAGAUCCCCGUGUACGCAAUCCAGCGCGACGAACGGUACUACCCGAACCCAGACCGCUUCGACCCGGACCGCUUCAACUCGGAACAAUCCGCCAAUCGUCACAUCAGCGCAUUCCUCCCGUUCGGCGAAGGUCCCCGCAUUUGCAUCGGUCAGCGCUUCGGAAUGCUGCAAUCUCGCGUCGGAAUCGCUACCGUUUUGAGCAAGUUCAGGGUUAGCUCCUGCGCCAAGUCCCAGGUCCCGUUGCAGAUAUCAAGCAAAUCUGCGGUUCUACAGCCGCGGCAGGGAGUUUGGUUGCGCGUUGAGCCGCUCUAA